AUGGUGCUCGAACGACUUCAACAGAUGGCGGCGCAUGUCACGGGCCAGCCGACUCCAAUACAUCCCUUCGAUCCCCUCUCCAGCGAAGAAAUCGCGGCAGCGGUGGCCAUUGUCCGAAGAGAGCAUCCCGAUGUUCACUUCAAUGCCGUCACGCUCUGGGAACCUCGGAAAGCAGAAAUGAUGAAAUGGCUGGCUUCCCCAGAAACAGCGCCCAGACCACAUCGUGUUGCAGACAUUGUAGCCAUCGGGAGAGGCAGCAAGGUCUACGAUGGCCAGGUCAAUCUGCAAGAGCGCAGACUUGUGAGCUGGCAGCUGACAGAGGGCGUCCAGCCUCUCAUUACCAUGGAAGACUUGCAGAUCGUGGAGACGGUGGUACGAAAGGACCGCAAGGUCAUCGAGCAAUGCGGUAUUCUUGGCAUUCCGCCCCAAGACAUGCACAAAGUCUACUGUGAUCCCUGGACCAUUGGCUAUGAUGAGCGAUUUGGUUCAGGUGUGCGCCUGCAACAGGCUCUGAUGUAUUACCGACCGCACGUCGAUGAUAGCCAGUACACUUAUCCGCUCGACUUCUGUCCCAUUUACAAUUCGGAUACGCAAGAGAUCAUCCACAUCGAUGUGCCCGAGAAGAGACGACCUCUGAACACUGCGCCUCCGAUCAAUUACCAUGCCGAUGCUAUCGAGAAUGAGGGCGGGUAUCGAACGGACCUCAAACCCAUCCACAUUUCUCAACCGGAGGGCGUUUCGUUCACAGUUGAUGGUCGUAUACUCAAGUGGCAGAAUUGGUCAGUUCACGUUGGCUUCAACUACCGGGAGGGUAUUGUGCUCUCCAAUAUCACCUUCAACGACAAGGGCAAUGUGCGACCCGUCUUUUGGCGCAUGUCUCUCGCGGAGAUGGUCGUCCCAUACGGAAAUCCCGAACAUCCACACCAGCGCAAGCAUGCUUUUGAUCUUGGAGAAUAUGGCGGUGGCUACAUGACCAACUCUCUGGCUAUCGGCUGUGAUUGCAAGGGCGCCAUCCACUACAUGGACGCCGACUUUGUCAAUCGAGCCGGAGAACCACAGACGAUCAAAAACGCCAUCUGCAUUCACGAAGAAGACGCAGGAAUCCUGUUUAAGCACACGGAUUUCCGUGAUGAUUCUUGCACUGUCACUCGUGCUCGCAAAUUCAUCAUUAGUCACGUCUUUACUGCCGCCAACUACGAAUAUUGUGUAUACUGGAUCUUCCACCAAGACGGAACCAUCCAGCUGGAAAUCAAGCUUACCGGCAUUUUGAAUACUUAUGCUCUUGCUCCAGGCGAAGAAGCUGCGCCCUGGGGAACGGAAGUCUAUCCUGGCGUCAAUGCGCACAACCACCAACAUUUAUUCUGCUUACGACUAGACCCCAACAUUGACGGACCCAACAACACCAUCUUCCAAGUCGAUGCGGCACGGGGUGAGGGUGCAGUUGGCAGCAAAGAAAACCCGUAUGGAAACGCAUUUUAUGCGAAAAAAACCAAACUCGAGACUCCCAGCACAGCGCGGAGUGACUAUGAUGGAAACACCAGCCGGACAUGGGAUAUCACCAACACCAACAAGAUCAACGCAUACAGCAAAAAGCCCGUCUCAUACAAACUCGUGAGCAGAGAAGUCCCACCACUGCUUCCCAAAGAAGGCAGUCUCGUAUGGAAGCGUGCCGGUUUCGCCAGACAUGCCGUCCACGUCACCAAAUACAACGACGACCAAAUCCACCCCGCAGGCCGCCACGUCCCGCAAACCUCCGGAACACCUUCCCAAGGAAUUCCCGCCUGGAUUUUCUCCAACCCACACAUCUCUCUCGACAACGAAGAUAUUGUGCUCUGGCACACAUUCGGUUUGACGCAUUUCCCCGCUCCCGAAGAUUAUCCUGUCAUGCCUGCGGAACCCAUGACGGUGCUGUUGCGGCCGAGAAAUUUCUUCUUGAAGAAUCCGGCGUUGGAUGUGCCGCCUUCGUGGUCCAGUACGCCGAGUGCUGUUGCUGCUGCUGCUGCUGCUGCUGCGGGGAAGAAGAGUGAUGGUAGUUCGGCGGGGGUGAAGGGGAUUGUGGAUGGGAUUAGUCGGUUGGCUUUUGGUGGAGGAGAGAAGAAAGAGGGGGGAGGGGGGCAGGGUUGUGGUAGUGGUGGGUGUUGAGAGAGAGAGGUAGGUAAUUCUCAACAAAGAGAGAGAAUUUUGGAAAUUUUUGAUAUUCGUAUUCUUGGGAGGAAUCAAC